CAGGUGUUUUUCAUGCACUACUGCUUCCUGGCGUGUCUUAUUGUAAUUGUGGGUGCGACUAUCAGUAGCUGGGCUGCGGUGUGGAUUUUGGAUGCCUCGGCCGAAUGGAACUGGGCGACUCAUAUUUUGUACGCGAGUGCGUCAAUGAACACUGCAUGGCUAUGUGUUGCUUCUAGUAUACAGGCGCUUGUUUACAUCGGCAAAGAUGUGCACCACUCAGACUUCUCUACGCUCUUCUCCAACGAAGUGUACCUAAGUAUUCUCUUCACACUCAUCGCUGUAGCCAUAACUCUACAGCGAGUUGUGUCGACGGGCAAUCCGUACUUCCCCGGUGUCUGUGUAUGGGCGCUGACGGCCAUACAAAGCAAGAACAAGGACAACCAAUCGUAUGAGCUUAGGGAUUACGUUGAUGCUUUACACGUUCUUGCGAUAUUCGUGCUGGUGUAUGCUAUACUCGAGUGCUUUUUAAAGCGCUUUGUACCGGGUGUCCGAGAUACAGUGCGUGAGGCUCUAGGGGUGGAAAGGCAAUCCACCACACUUGCGGAUGUGUACGAUACUUUACACGAGCAGUCGACGGACCUCAAUGAGUAAGAGAUUUAGAACGUACCAGUUGUACCUCCCUAUCUACGUUGAAUGUAUGAACUUAAUCUACGUUGAAUGUAUGAACUUGAUAUAUAAAUAGCUGAUAUAAUAAAGAGAUUUAGAAAUAACCUACACUCACGCUCAAAUAAUUGUGAGCUGCCGCACUUGUAGGUAUUUUGAAA